AUGUCUCGCUCUCUCUCCGCGCAUUUCGCCCCGACCUUCCUCGCGGAUUGCCUGGAAGCGACCUUCAAGGAGGUGGUUCGAUCCGCUAGAGGCCGCCUCCGUAAGCGCACAGUGCUGCAACUGUACCCCGACGCGCCGCACGCGUAUCUCGUGAAUAAAAAGAACGUGCUCGAGCCGGAUAUUCUAGACCCGUCCGAGACCGGCGGUAACGGAGCCAGCAGCAGGCUUGUAACGGGUACAGGCGCGUCGGAACACAGCAGCAGCGACUCAGGCGGAAAUCUCAAACGGGGGGGGAGAGAAGGAACGGGAGGAGCAGGGGGAGCGGGAGGAAGCUUCCCGGGCGGGAGGGAGAACCUUCUCAGCUCGCAAGUGAGCGCGAGAGAGUCCUUAAUGAGCGAGCUUUCAGAUAUGAUGGCGGAUUUCGAAGUGGGGGAUUUUGGUGAGAAGCUCGUGGUGUCGCGGACGGGGCGGGAUGAUGAAUACGUGGACGACGAUGAGUGGUACAGACAGACCCGCGGACAACCCCCCAUGAUGACUACCAAUGCGCGCGGCCUCGGGAUUGGUCCAGGGCUAGGGUUAGGGUUAGCGUCUGGUGCUGGAGGGGGCGGGGGAAGAGGAAGCGGAGGGGGAGGCGGAAGGGGAGGCGGAGGGGGAGGCGGGGGGGGAGCGGAGAACAGUCCGCUGCUGGAUUUCGCGCAGCAUGCGCGGGCGGCGGGGCUGUUCCCGUCGCACUCGCACUCCGCCGUGUUCGCCCCCAUGGGCGGCCGCUCCGCGUCCCUUGGUGUGGGCGCAGCGCUGCCCAUGGUUCCCGCGGAAUACGCGGGGCUCGUCCCUAUCAGGUCCGGGGGAGGGGCGGCGGGGGCGGCGGGCAUUGGGUUGGGAAGGGGGAGAGGGAUGGGGGGAGUAGAAGGAGGUGGGGCCGAGCGGCAGCAGCAGCAGCAGCAGCAGUGCGCGUGCUUUCCCACGGACAGCAAUAGGCGGCGUGUUGAGUGA